CAAUGGGAGGGGAGAGAAGGGGGUUGUGGGGGGGAGAGUCUGUGGGAUUCUGAACGUUUUGAUUCAGGGAGAAAAUGGAUAAAUUGAGGACAGGGAGGAGCUGUCCUCCUGUGAAAGGUGGAUAAAUGCAGCCCUAUGAAGCGGAAGCACCAGCUCCUUUCUGAUACUUUCAAGGCCAAGAAGCCACGGCUGGCUCUGAGUGACGGAUCCGAGCCUUCAGAACAGGAGGGCCCUGCGGCCGUCGAAGCCGCUCUUCAGAAUCUGGUAUCUCUCUUCCCUCGGAAAGUAUUUGAGGAUUCCCUGCCGCCUUUGGUUCUGAGGCAUCAGAUUUACAGCCUUGUCAAAGAUCGUACGGUUGUGGACAGGUAUCUGAGCCAGCUGAAAAAUGAGGGCCGGAUCCGAAUGUUUCAACACAGCUUUGAAGCGGAUUUUUUUGUGCUGGCAUUCACGGACAGCUAUGUAUCUAAGGUGCAGGAAUUUAUAUCGGGAAAGGAGUUUGCCAGGACAGUGAAGAAGUUUUUAGAUUCGGUCCUUACCACCUGCCCUGACAUCAGUUUUGACAAGAAAAGGAUGUUGAAAGACUUCGGCUUUAGGGACACAGAAAUCACGCAGCUGGUGAAUGCUGGAGUCUUGACUGUCCGUGAUGCCGGAAGCUGGUGGCUUGCUGUGCCUGGAGCAGGCCGCUUCAUCAAAUGCUUCAUCAAAGGAAGGAAAGCUGUUUUGGGGAUGAUCCAGAAAUCCAAAUACAAGGAAGUCCUACUGUCGGAUUUGCAGAGCCGUCAAGCGCCCAAUGCGGUGAAACUGGGCCUUCCCUACCAUAUUCACGACAUCAUUGGAGCCCAGCUGGUUGACUGCGUGCCAACGUCCUCUGGGACCCUCCUGCGACUAACUGAUGAUUAAAAAUGUGCCAAGCAGAGAACAGUGCCCAAAAGAGACUAUUUUGCCUUGAGAUUUUUUUUCACGUUGGGAUUCAGGGUCCUCUGCUUGAGCCCCUGACAUUAGUGGGACCAGAAGAAACUUUUCCUCAGCAAAAGAACCUUAACUGAUCUGGAAAUUGCACUUAAUACAGGAACUCCUUGUAUGGAACCAUCUUAGAUGGAUUGGGACUACCCACAUUAUUGGUUACAUGGAUGGGCCUGAAUUGAGAGUAAAAUAAAAUUACGCAGUCUUUGUCCAUGAAUUGCAGAGGCUGAAGUAAGCUGAAAAUGCUCAUUGCAAGAUAUGCUCCUUAGUCGAUUCACUCCUUGAGUAUGGUGUUAGGUAUUUAUUCUGUAUACCUUGCGUAUGGGUAUUUAUUGGGUAUAAAUUUUGUCACUUGUUGUAAAAAGAAAGAAGUUUGGAAAGCAUCUUUAAAUGGAAUUAAAGCCCCAAAGGAUGUG